AAGCUGACUCCAUGCAAAUGUAAAGUUUCCCAUUACGAUACCCGCUUUUAAUGCUCCCAUCACCCCCUUAAUCAUCCUCAAAUAUUCCUCCACAGUAGUUCUAAAUAGUCUUCAUACUCAUAAUAUAUACACGCACAGAUAUAUAUAUAUAUAUAUAUAUAUAUUUAUGAGUUGAAACUGAUCAAAUCAAUAUUAUGGCUGUAGCUUCUUCCAUGAAAACUCUGUUCUUCCUGAUGCUUUUGUGUUUCAUCAGCGGCGGGAACUCGGACUUGGGUGAGUCGGAGUGUCUGAAGGUUCCGGUGUCGGAAUUCGCGGGGACGUUGAGGUCUACCCUCGGCGUGGUGGGCCGGGUGGUGUCCACCGUCUCCAAAUUCUCCGGUGCUUUCAGCGAUUUCCGGCUUAAUAAUGCCGUUGCUGACUGCCUUGAUCUCAUGGACUUUUCAGUGGACCAGUUGAGUUGGACCCUUGCUGCUUCUCAGAAUCCAAAGGGCAAAGAUAACAGCACUGGAAAUGUGAUUGCUGACAUGAAUACAUGGCUGAGUGGAGCAAUGGCCAAUCAAGAAACGUGCAAAGAAGGCUUCGAUGGUACAAACAGCCCUGUCAGAGGUUUGGUUUUCGGCAGCCUAGACCAGCUUACCUCAUUGGUCCACAACCUUCUUUCCAUGGUCAAACCAAAUCCCACCACCCCAUCUAAAGGCGGAAGCGGAGGUCGGAAGCUUAUUACCAGUGCCCAAUUUCCAGAUUGGCUGAAAUCCCACGACCGGAAACUCCUCCAGGCAUCCAGCGGCGAGGUGGCGGAUGCGGUGGUUGCUGCUGAUGGCACAGGAAAUUUCACCAGCAUUGAGGAAGCUGUUCGUGCGGUGCCGGAUUACAGCAGCAGGAGGUAUGUUAUUCACAUCAAGAAAGGUGUGUACAAGGAGUAUGUUGAGAUCAGUAAGAAGAAAUGGAACAUAAUGUUGAUUGGAGACGGCAUGGAUGCUACUGUUAUUUCUGGUGACCGCAACUUCGUUGAUGGCUGGACCACUUAUCGCUCUGCAACCUUUGCUGUUCGAGGACAAGGAUUCAUAGCCCGGGACAUAACAUUCGAGAACACAGCCGGCCCGGAAAAGCACCAGGCCGUAGCGUUCCGGUCCGAUUCCGACCUAUCCGUGCUGUACCGCUGCGCCUUCAGGGGAUACCAGGACACACUCUACGCCCACUCCAUGCGACAAUUCUACAGAGAAUGCAAGAUCACCGGCACAGUAGAUUUCAUGUUCGGGGAUGGCACAGUUGUCUUCCAAAACUGUGAUAUCCUGGCGCGCAAGGGCCUUGCCAAUCAAAAGAACACCAUAACAGCUCAGGGCCGGAAGGAACAAACUGAAAGGACGGGGUUUUCGAUUCAAUUCUGCAACAUUUCAGCUGAAGCAGACAAUUCCAACCCGACGUACCUAGGCAGGCCCUGGAAACUGUAUUCCAGGACGGUUAUCAUGCAGUCUUACAUUAGCAACGCCAUCAGGCCCGAGGGAUGGCUGGAAUGGAAUGGGAAUUUCGCGCUGAAUACUCUGUUUUAUGCUGAGUACAUGAAUUACGGGCCUGGAGCUGGUCUGGGAGGGCGGGUGAACUGGCCCGGUUACCAUGUUCUUAAUGAUUCGGCUCAGGCCACCGAAUUCACAGUGGCUGAGUUCAUUGUUGGGAACAAAUGGCUACCUGCGACAGGGGUGAGGUACACGGCUGGCUUGGUGAUGUGAGAUUGAAAUAAAUGUUUUUCUGAGUUAAUAAUAUCGAUGACAUUAUGAUUUGUUUGGAAUUAAUUAAGAGAAAUAUGAAAAUUUUCUUGGCAUAGA